AUCAUACAAGUAUUCAAAGAUCAAACCAAAACCGGAAUUCAGAAAUGUUGCAGAGGGCAGCAAGCAAUGCAUAUUCUUGGUGGUAUGCAAGUCAUGUUAGGACUAAACAAUCCAAAUGGCUGGAACAAAGCCUUCAAGAUAUGGGAGAAAAGGUGGAUGUUGUGCUUAAACUCAUUGAAGAAGAUGGAGACUCUUUUGCUAAGAGAGCGGAAAUGUACUACAAAAAACGGCCAGAGUUGAUAAGCUUUGUGGAGGAAUCCUACCGAGCUUACAGAUCCUUAGCAGAAAGAUAUGACCACCUUUCGAAAGAGCUACAGAAUGCAAACACCACACUCGCGUCUGCAUUCCCAGAUCAGUACCAAUUACCUAUGGAUGAUGAUGAUGAUUAUAGUUCCUCAAAAAUCCCUAGGAAAUUCCAAGACAGAGUAUCCAACCCAAACAUCCCACAAGCACCAUCAAAAUUCCCUUCCAAAAAUAUUAAGGCUAUCAUUGCAUUAACAUCCAAGUUGAAGAACUCUGCUCCUGCUAGGAAUAUGCCUAAAUCAGGAGCUAAUGCCAACAGAUUUCCGAAAUCUGGUCUCACAAUAACUGAAGCCAUUAACGAGAUUGACAAGCUUCAGAAGCAGAUUCUGACUCUUCAAACAGAGAAGGAAUUUGCAAAGAGUUCUUAUGAAAACGGGUAUGCUAAAUACUGGGAAAUUGAGGAGCAGAUAAGUGCAACACAGGAAAAAGUCUCAAAGUUACAAGAUGAAUUUGAAGUAGCUCAAGUUAUCGAGGAUGAUGAAGCUCGGACUUUAAUGGCUGAAGCGGCUAUUAAAUCAUGUAACGACACCUUGACUCGGCUGCAGGAAAAGCAGGAGAGGACUGCAGUUGAAGCAAAAGAAGAGCACCAGAGGAUUAAGGAUGCUCGUGACAAGUUAAAGUCUCUCAAGGGUGAGUUCCUUGGAAACCAAACUGAUGCUUCUGAAAACAGAAAUCCCUUGAAAGCAGAAGAAGACCGGGCUAGCAUUGAUGAUGAAGCAGCAGCUGGUUUCAGAGAAGACAAAACUAGCUUAGAUAACGAAGCAGCAGGUGGUUUCAAAGAAUCGAAGGAUCUAGAAAUCAUUCGGGAAAAGAUUAAGGAACACUUUGAUGUAGGUGAAACUGCACCACUUACAGUGCUAGAAAUGGCUGAAAAGAUCGAUGAGCUUGUGAAUAAAGUAAUCAACCUUGAAUCUUCAAUGUCUUCUCAGACUGCUCUAAUACACAGACUAAGGUCAGAGACUGAUGAGCUACAGUCGCAGAUUAAGAGCCUUGAAGAUGAUAAAGCAAACCUGAUUGCUGGGAAAACCACUUUGAGUGACAAGCUAAGGUCAGAGACUGAUGAGCUACAGUCACAGAUUAAGAUCCUUGAAAAUGACAAAGCAAACCUGAUAGCUGGUAAAACCAGUUUGAGUGACAAACUAAGGUCAGAGACUGACGAGUUACAGUUGCAGAUUAAGAACCUUGAAGAUGACAAAGCAAACCUGAUUGCUGGGAAAACCACUUUGAGUGACAAGCUGGGUCAGAUGGAGAAUAAGUUGAGAGGACUUCAGGAUCUAAAUGGCAGAUUUGAUGAUCAAAAUAACAGCCUAGAAAGUCAUUUUACUGAAACACGCUCUCAUCUUGAUAUCAUCUCGAAAUCACAUGAGGUAAAACCAGAUGAAGGUGAGGGAGAGGAAUCAAUUAAGUCCAUAGAAAGUAAAGAGUCCACAGAAAACUUGAAUGUGGAGAAAGAGUCGAGUAAUAUAAGUACCUCCAAUCUUACUCAAGAUGGAGAGCAAGUCGGUAAAACUGGUAUACUAGAGACAAAGGAUGAGUCCUCAGUUUCUUCCAAGACAGAUGAUAUACAGCAAAAGGAAUCUAACCCAAGCACCAUUCAUAGUGAUCAACCACAAGAAACUUCAAACAAGGAAGAAGAGGUAGAAAUUAACGCUCAGGCAACUCAAAUGCAGCAGCCUGCCAUUCAGCCAACAGAUUCUCCAAGUACUCCUCAAGGGGUUGAACCAAGAGAAUUGGUGAGCAUGCCGAAAGAUGAGCCAAAUGAACCUCUAUUGGAGCAACCAUCAGAAGAGAUAAGAAAAGAAGAAGAUGAGCCAGAUUGGCACAAGUUAUUCACCACUGGUUUAGAGGGAAAGGAAAAAGUUCUUUUAGCAGAAUACACCGUCACUCUUCGAAACUACAAGGAAAUCAAGAAGAAGCUUUGCGAAGUAGAGAAGAAAAAUGAACAUAAUUUCUCAGAGAUGAAGAGUUCUCUUGCUACAAAGGAUGAAGAGAUCUACUCGUUACGUCAGAAAUUGAGUGUUCUACAAAGAAGGUUGGAGGAACAUAAUAGUUCAAAAGGGAAAUACGUGGAGCCUGCUGAAGAGCCAUCACCUCUCUUUGAAGAUGAGGAUGAUAUAAAGGUUAUAGUUCGUAGUGAAGAACAAGAGAUCUCACCAGUUGAACAGAAACUACGGACAGAAAUGGAUCAGAUUCUUGAGGAAAAUCUGGAUUUCUGGAUGAGGUUCAGUGCUUCAUUUGGGCAAAUCCAAAAGUUCCAGAACGGAGUUCAAGAUUUGCAGGACGAAUUAGCAAAACUUGAGAAGAAACACGAAAAGAAAGAAGGGAGUAGCCACGGGGAUAUUCACUCGUCUCUGAAAUCAGAAGUCAGGCCAAUAUACAAGCACCUGAGGGAGAUACAGACAGAGUUAACUGUCUGGUUGGAGCAAAGUGAAAGUCUGAAAGAAGAGCUACAGAGAAGAUUUUCACAGUUGUGCCACAUUCAAGAAGAAAUAAAGCAUGCUCUAAGUGAUGGUGCCGAAGAUGAUGACAUGAAAUUUACCAGUUUUCAAGCUGCAAAAUUCCAAGGAGAGGUAGCAAAUAUGCAACAAGAGAAUAACAAGGUUGCUGAUGAACUGCAAGCCGGUAUGGAUUAUAUAACCAGUCUCCAACUUGAAAUAGAGCGUACCAUAACCAGGUUGAAUGAAGAGCUAGGGUUUUCAACCUCACGAAAUCCAAGUGGAAAUGAGAGGUCUGGAAACAGGGCUCGAGUGCCAUUAAGAUCAUUUAUUUUUGGGGUUAAACCACAGAAGAAAAAGCAAUCAAUAUUUUCCUGCAUGCACCCAGGAAUGAUGAAUCGAAGAUACCAUCACCUAAGAGCUGAUAAGUCGCCUUAGAAUUACAAAGAUAUUCUUUGUUCACCAUAUACAGUUUAUUGACAGAAUUGUAUUUAUGUUUUGUGUUUGUGAUGAUACUAGAUGGAGGUUAUAGGAUCAUCUGUUCAAUUUUUUUGCAGCUUUGAGGAGAGAUCCUUUGGUUUGUGUACAAUAGUCAUUAGGUGUCUUGUUUAUAAUGUCACGAAAGGCAUUCUUUAGUUAUAA